AUGCCUAUGUUUUUGCUUAAUUCUGGAUUAGUUUUAUUAUUAUUUCCUCAUCUAGUAUUUUCGUCGAUCUUGACAGAUUCACAAAAUGGACCCUUCCCCGGUCUCGGCUACACCCCACCAUUCAAAACAUAUUCUGGCUAUUUGGAUGCGAAAAAUCAAAAGGGAGCAUCGAAUUGGAGAAUGUUCUAUUGGUUAACAGAAUCAAAGAACGAUCCAGCUAAGGAUCCACUCGCAAUUUAUUUAGCUGGAGGUCCUGGUUGUACAUCUGUUGGAGAGGCUUUUCAAGAAAUGGGACCAUUUUAUGCAAAUUUUGGCGGAGAUUCAUUGUAUGAGAAUGUUUAUGCCUGGAAUGCGCGAGCCAAUGUGCUCUACAUUGACACGCCGAUCGGUACCGGCUUCUCCUAUGACACGAAUGAUACGAUGUCCAUCUAUGCUGAUGAUGAUCUAUCGAGACAGCAAAACUAUGCAUCGAUCUUUGACUUCUUUUCCAGAGUGGCUCCUGAAUAUAAAGAUCGAGACUUUUACCUUACUGGCAGUUCAUAUUCUGGUGUUUGGCAGCCAAUGGUUGCAGCGUUAAUCGUCGACGGAAUCAACAACAAACAGUUCCCAAAUCCGAACUUCAAGGGUUUCGCGAUUGGUAACGGCUAUUUGGAUGUGAUUGAUUUGAGUAACGCGUUGGUUUUAUGGCAAGCUUAUCAUGGAAAAGUUGCAAUCAGUCAAUGGGAACAAAUGAAGAAGGAGUGCUAUGUUGAGAAUGCCGGUCAGAGACAAUACGAUAUGGAUACCUACAAUUUCUUCCAUUUCGCCAGCACAUCUAAUGGUUUCGAUUGGGAAAGCGAUAAAUCAGCUUGCGGGAAUUUCACAGUUGGAUUGAUCGAUCAGCCAGAAGUAUACAAUUUCUAUCUUGAAUGUUGGGGAUAUGAAGAGGAUUCAAGUGAUGGAAUGAGGAGAAAGCGACCUCUGCAGAACCCAAAAUCACAGACUCGCUUUAAAAAAGGCUUUGAAAAUCAUAUGGCACAAUCGUACAGAAAGCCGAAUUCGGAUCCGAAAGUCAACACAGCGUUAUUGCAAAAUUUCGAGUCAUCCGAUACUCAGUACGGUCUUCCGUGUUGGAUUAUGGGAGCCGUCACUAAUUAUUUCAAUAAACCCGAAGUGCAAAAGGUUUUCCAUAUUGCUGAUGAUUGGAGAGGAAAAGAUGGAAAAGUGAAGGAGUACGUCGAGUGCAAUGAUGAUCUUUAUCAACAAUAUAAUCAUAGCGAUAAACUCUCGAUGCAACCAUACUUUGAAUACAUUUUUGAAAAUUGGAAGAAUCCUUUGAAAAUCUUGAUUUAUAAUGGUGAUGUGGAUACAGUGUGCAAUUAUUUGGGUGACAUGAAAUUCGUGCAAAGAAUCGCUGGAAAGUACAACUUUAAGGAAAGCGAUCGAACUCGUUGGAAUUUCCGUGGACUAACCGCUGGUUGGCAGCAACGCUUCACAAAGGAUCAAAUCAUCAUCGAUAUGUUGACUGUAAAGGGUGCUGGACAUUUUGUACCCAAUGAUCGUGGUGGUGCCUCCGUUCAAAUGAUCACCGGUUUCUUCUCGCACAAUCCACCUAACUAUGAGACAAAUCUCACCAAUCCUACCCCACAACCAAUCGAGUUUCAACAAGAAACGGUCACCAAAGAAACCUCGAUUCUUUCUUUACUACCUGCAAUUGGAAUUUUGAUUUCAGCUUUUUUG